AUGAUCCGGCGCUUGUCCACAGGGGUACCCCGUCGCCUUCAAGACCAAUGGAAUGUGGUAAUACACUCCACUAAAACAAAAUCACAGCUGCCACUGCCGUUGAUGUACGCAGUGAAGGACAACAUCGCCACUGGCGGUGAAACUACACUGUGUGGGCUGCAGAUGUUGGACAAUUACCAAUCGCCAUUUGAUGCCACCGUCAUUGACCUAUUGAACAAGGAGGGGUUCCAAAGCAUUGGUAAGGUGAAUCUAGAUGAGUUUGGAAUGGGAUCAGCCACGACAAACCUGUGGUACGGACCUUCCGUAAACCCAGUGUAUCAGGACGAACCUCAUGUGUGUGGUGGAUCUUCGGGGGGCAGCGCAGCUGCCGUGGCAGCCAACCUUUGUGAUUUUUCUUUGGGAACAGAUACUGGAGGUUCGGUUCGUCUUCCGGCAGCAUAUUGCCGAGUGUAUGGGUUCAAACCACUGUAUGGACGAAUCCUGCGAUGGGGGGUCGUGGCAUAUGCUCAAACACUCGAUACUGUUGGGAUAAUGGCUCGUGAUAUCGAUACCGUGGAGCGUGUGUUCGAUAUUGUCGACAAAUACGACGAGAGUGAUCCUACCAGUCUUCCGAAUACUCUUCGUGAUCAAUCAGUCGAGCAACCAAAAAAUUAUGUUAUUGGCGUACCUUUAGAGUUCAACGUUGAUGAGCUAUGCACUGAAGUGAAACAAGAAUGGAUCGAGGCAUUGGAAUACCUUGAAUCUCAAGGUCAUAAGGUGGUACCGGUACUGGUGCCGCUGAUCAAACUGCUGUUACCUGCCUACUACACUAUUGCCACCGCUGAAGCAGCAUCCAACCUUUCUCGCUACGAUGGUGUGCGCUACGGAUUCAGCGGUGGGGUGGGAGACUUUGCCACUACCCUCCAGCGUCUGCGAGAUCUGUUGGGUGAUGAAGUGCAACGGCGAAUAAUCUUGGGCAAUUACACUCUCUCGCUGGCACUGGGAGACCAUUAUAAAAAGGCAAACGAAGUGAGAAGAACUCUUGCUGAUCAGUUCAACCGAGUAUUCUCAAAAAAGCAUUGUCUCCUAGACAAUGAUAACUGCGGACGUUGUGAUGCAUUAUUAUACCCAGCAGCGUUUGGUCCUCCUCCUACCAUUAAUGAAUUUGAGGCAGAAACUCGUGAAAACUUUGUUAAUGGCUACGUCAACGACAUUAUGACGGUGCCAGCUUCGUUGGCUGGGCUUCCUACAAUAACGGUACCUAGAGGUCUUGGUCUUCAAGUACUGGCACAAUAUAAUUGUGACGCCACCGCAUUAGCAGUCGCUCGCCUUUUGUAA